GUCUUGACAGACGUCGUAGCAUAACGAUGCGCGUCACCAUCAUAUAGGCACUAUCAUUAUGCGCUUCCUAGAGGAGAUGCUUUUAUCUAACUUUCGAACUGGGCCAUUCAUUAUCUAAGUUGAUUGAGUUUGUUUAUCAUGCUACAAACGGACCUGCUAAGAUUCAAUAUUCAUCGUCUUAAAGUCGCCGAGUUACUGCCGCCUUCCGUGCAGCGACGGCUGCCUCCCCCGCGUCCACCGCGCCGCGCGGCGCGGCGGGGCGGGGCGGCCUCCUCGGUCGCUUCUCGAUUCGUCUGCGGCCGCCGGCACCUGUGCGACGCCGGCCGGUGACCUCACGGCUAGGCGUGCCUCCUCUCAAACCGCCGGCAGCCCGAUGCCCAGCGGCCGUCUCCUAUAUAAGCUGCGGAGCGACUCCCAGCAGCAGUCUGCAGCUAGCCUCGCUCGGGCAUUACUGAUCAGAUAGUCCACUCCGCAGUUCGCAGAGCCUCACGAUGAAGUUCCUGUACGUGUUGGCUGCACUGCUGGUGUUGACCCAGGUCAUCCAGGUGGAGGCCCUCUUCGGUCUGAUCGCGCUCAAGGCGGGUGCCAUCGGCUACGCUCUUGGCAGGGCGAGCCGCGGUUUCCGUGGUGGCUACGGCCGUCGCCGUGGCGGCUACGGCGGCUACGGUCGCCGGUACGGUCGCCGUGGCGGCUACGGCCGACACCGGUACGGCCGCGACCUGACGGCCGUGCAGGAGCUGGACGAGACGAGCAGGGAGGGUCUGCAGAUGGACGCCUACUUCGCCGCCGUGCAGCUCGGAGACGAGGACGGCUGCGGCCUGCGCCUGGUCUGUGAGCUGCGCACCAUGGACCCUGCCCAGCUCGGCGAGGAGGAGAACAUGAUCCUGGCGCUGUUCGGCUCGAACGUACCCAGCUCGGGCCGUCCCGACUCGCCGAAGCUGGCGUAUGACGCGGCUGCCGACCUGGGAAGCCGCGCCGGAUCUGUGGAGGUGUGCGCCGAGACCUUCCACGCAUGCCAGUACGGCUCCGCUGAGCUGAUCCAGGCCAUCAAGGACAGCAGUCCCGAGCAGUGAGCUCGUCCCGAUCGUCUGCCGUCCCUCGUCUUUCGUCUGAGUUUCGUCCGUUGUGUCCCGUCUGAAGUCAGCUUUCGGCACAGCUGUGGGCGAUUGCUGUUGCUUGUUAGUACCUACCUUACUGAGGCAUUAUGAGUGUUGGCUGUUCCGAGCACGCUGCUAGCGCUGAUUUUGACAGCGUUAGCACGCCGCUGUUGUUUGUACGCAGCUUUACUAUCAUCAUCUGUUCAUGAUUCUGUUCGGGCAAGUGAACAGACAGGCCAGUUCGUCCCGGUUCUGCAAUGUUCGCUGCCAGACCCUGCAAUGUAUGACAUCAUCUUCGAUUUCAUCCGUGCUCAGCUAUGUGGCAUGAACAAUACAUGUGUUGAAAAUGA